UCUCGAAAACCUUUCUCUUUAUCUCCUCUCAGUGUAACAAUGCAGAUUGAGCGCUCCUUGAAGCGAUAUUCCUCUAAGACAUGUUUUGACAAACAAUGCUACUUAAAUUCGUUACUGAGGCCUUUUGUUGCCGGGUAAUAUAUUGGAAAGCUGGCUGUAUUGCGCACAUCGCACGUACGUAUAUAUCGCUGAAAUAGCGCAGACUCCUGUGGGUUCCCUUCCGUACAGGGAGGGGUGAGAGUGAAGGAGGAAUAACGCCGCGGCUCUCUUUGUUUACAUCGGAAUAAAAGUGAGAAUGCGACGGACUGGCGGACUGGAAGUGUCUCUGAUUUUGUGGAUCUGGAAUGUUUAUCUACACCUUAGUGCAGCCCGUCCUGCAUCCCAGAGAUGUGAUGAGGUUUUGGCUUCUCCACUUCCCUACAGCGCCUUCACCAGUUCCUCUGUGCUGGCAGCAGAUUUCGGGGCUGGCUAUGCAAAACUCAACAGAAGAGUAGGCAAUGGAGGAUGGUCACCGUCAGACUCUGACAGGUACCAGUGGCUGCAGGUGGACCUCAGGGCCAGGGAACAGAUCAUUGCCAUAGCAACACAGGGUAGAUAUAGCAGCUCUGAUUGGACAAAACAGUACAAGCUUCUUUACAGUGACACGGCAAGUAACUGGAAACCUUAUCGGCAGGACGGCAACAUAUGGACAUUUUCAGGGAACUGGAACUCAGAACAGGCCGUGCGUCAUGAACUUCAGCACCCCUUUGUGGCUCGAUAUGUGCGUUUUAUCCCGCUAGACUGGAGUGAGGAGGGACGGAUUGGACUGAGAGUGGAGCUCUAUGGCUGCGCUUACUGGGCAGAUGUGAUCAGCUUCGAUGGGCAGGGAGUGAUUUCUUAUCGCUUUCGACAGAAAAAGAUGAAGAUCUUGAAGGAUGUGAUUUCGCUGAAGUUUAAGACCCCUAAAGGAGACGGUGUUCUGCUGCAUGGAGAGGGACAGCAGGGUGAUUAUAUCACUCUGGAGCUACGCCGAGCCAAACUACUGCUGCAGAUCAACCUUGGCAGUAAUCAGUACGGCUCCAUUCAGGGUCACACAUCAGUAACCAGUGGCAAUCUGCUGGAUGACGAUCACUGGCACUCUGUUCUGAUCGAACGCUACAGACGCAGUGUCAACUUUACUCUCGAUCAACACACACAGAGCUUCCGCACCAAUGGAGAGUUCGAUCACCUGGAUCUGGACUAUGAAAUCACAUUUGGCGGAAUGCCAGUGUCUGCCAAGCCCAGCUCAGGGGGCAAAGAGAACUACAUCGGCUGCAUGGAGGCCAUUUAUUACAAUGGGAACAACAUCACUAAUCUCGCUCGCAGGAAGAAAGUCGACACCUCUACUUUUCACAACCUGACAUUCUCCUGUGCGGAAUCACAAACAUUCCCGUGUUUCUUCAACUCCACCAGCUCCCUCCAGCUCCCAGGUCGGACCGAUGCAGAUACUGUCUCAGUCAGACUUCAGUUCCGCACGUGGAACCCAAACGGUCUGCUGUUCUUUACCCCGCUGAUGCCUGGGGGUGUGGAGGUCAGUCUGGUGGAGGGCAAAGUCACUGUCCACAUCUACGUCAGUCUGGGCAAAAACACGCGCGUGGACAUAUCCUCAGGCUCUAGUCUCAAUGAUGGCCAAUGGCACAACGUUCACUUCCUGGCACUGGAGAGCAUUGCCAUGUUGACCAUCAACGGAGACGAGAUGUCCACAGUGAGAGCUGCACUUCCCAUUCAGAUCCGGACGGGGGGAGAAUAUUUCUUUGGAGGAUACUUCCCACGGACCGACUUGACUCCAUCCCAGCGCUUGUUUCAGGGCUGCAUGCAGCUCAUACAUGUAGAUGACCAGCUGGUCGACAUGCGUUCUGUGGAGCAAGGCGUGCUGGGUAGCUUUGAGAAUGUCAGUCUGGACAUGUGUGCUAUCAUAGACAGGUGUAUUCCAAAUCACUGUGAACAUGGAGGCAAGUGCUCUCAGACCGGAGACAUGUUUAAAUGCGCCUGUGAUGGUACUGGAUAUUCUGGUGCCACCUGCCAUAGCUCUGUUUACGAACAGUCCUGUGAGGAGUACAAACACUUGGGUCAAAGCUCAGAUGCAUACUGGAUAGACCCGGACGGUAGUGGACCACUCAAGCCCUUCAAAGUCACUUGCAAUAUGACGGAGGACAAGGUGUGGACAACCAUUGGGAAUGAUUUGCCAGCUCAGAGUUCAGUGAUAGCAGGUUCGAGUCCUGAAGACAAGACUGUGCUCACACUCAACUACAGCAUGUCUGCUGAGCAGGUGAAUGCAGUCACCAGCAGUGCAGAGCUCUGUGAACAGCACGUGGCCUACACGUGUUACAAAUCACACCUACUAUACUCACCAGAUGGUUCUCCGUCCACUUGGUGGGUCGGCAGGGGCAAUGAGAAGCACUUCUACUGGGGCGGUUCAGGACCAGGCGUGCAGAAAUGCGCUUGUGGCAUUGAACGCAACUGCACAGACCCCAAAUACUACUGCAACUGUGAUGCAGACCUGAGACAGUGGAAAGAGGAUGCAGGUCUGUUGAUGUAUAAGGAUCAUCUGCCUGUCAGUCAGGUGGUUGUUGGGGACACACACCGUUCUGGAUCUGAAGCCAAACUCACUGUUGGACCUCUCCGCUGUCAAGGAGAUCGCCACUACUGGAAUGCAGCAUCCUUCAACACACCUGCAUCUUAUCUGCAUUUCCCUACAAUCCAAGGCAAGACCAGUGCUGAUAUCUCCUUCUACUUCAAGACUUCAUCUACACAUGGUGUCUUUCUGGAAAACCUGGGCAAUCCAGACUUUAUUCGCUUGGAACUGAAAUCUUCAACGGUGGUGUCGUUCUCUUUUGAUGUGGGAAACGGACCUGUAGAGUUGACCGUACGCUCAUCUACACCCCUCAGUGAUGACCAGUGGCACAGGGUGGAGGCGGAACGGAACAUUAAGGAGGCUGUUUUGCGAUUGGACAAGAUUCACAGGGAGGCACGGCCAACUCCGCCUCUGGGCCACACCCGUCUGCAGCUCUUCAGUCAGCUGUUUGUAGGUGCGUCAGGGGGUCAGAGAGGUUUUCUGGGUUGCAUUCGUUCCCUGAAGAUAAAUGGAGUGACCCUUGAUCUUGAGGAGAGGGCGAAGGUCACACCAGGGGUGAAGCCGGGCUGCUCGGGUCACUGCACCAGUUAUGGCAUGCAUUGCCAGAAUGGAGGGAAAUGUAUUGAGAAAUACAAUGGAUACUCCUGCGAUUGCAGUCUGACUGCCUUCGACGGACCAUUUUGCAAUGAUGAUGUAGGAGGGUACUUUGAGAGUGGAACGCUGGUGCGGUAUGACCUAAUGUCAGACAGCAGCUCAUUUCCUGCAGUAAAGGAACGUGAUUCUGGUGUUCUGAGUGCUGUGGGUAAUCUGACCCAUGAGGAGCUGAGCUUCAGCUUCAGUACUACUAACACACCCUCUGUCCUCAUCUACAUCAGCUCCAAGACACAAGACUACAUGGCUGUGGUGCUGCGAAACAAUGGUACUCUACAAAUCCGCUAUAAUCUGGGAGGAUUGAGGGAGCCAUUCACCAUCAGUGUAAACAAUCGUAACAUGGCUAACGGACAGCCCCACAAUGUCAACAUCACACGACGCGACAGACUCAUUCAGCUGCAGUUGGAUCAUUAUCCCACUAUAAGAUACACUCUUCCCGAGGCCUCGAACAUUGAGUUUAACCUUGUGAAGACCAUUUUCUUAGGAAAGGUUUUUGAGACCGGGCAGAUUGAUCCGGUCUUGAUCGAGCGCUAUAACACCCCAGGCUUUGUGGGCUGUCUCUCCAGAGUGCAGUUCAACCGUAUCGCCCCGCUGAAGGCCGCCUUGAGGACAGGCAUCCUCUCCACAGCCUCCGUACAGGGAGUUUUGGUGGAGUCCAACUGCGGGGCAUCUCCACUCACAGCACCGCCCAUGUCUGAAGCCUUUGACCCCUGGCAGCCGGAUUCAGCUGGUCUCCAGAUCCCAUUCAACGAGGAGCGAGGUAGUCGUGAUGGUGUCAACAGAAACUCUGCAGUAAUCGGAGGCAUCAUUGCAGUGGUAAUUUUCACCAUCCUCUGCACAUUGGCGUUCCUGGUCCGGCACAUGUUCCGUCACAAGGGCUCCUACCACACCAAUGAGGCGAAAGGGGCGGAGUCUGCCGACUGCGCUGAUGCGGCCAUCAUUGUGAAUGACCCUGCUUUCACAGAGACCAUCGACGAGAGCAAGAAGGAGUGGUUUAUUUAGCCACACCCCUUUGGAAGGGGCUUAAUUCUCUGACAUGGAUACCACAAGGGUUGCAUCAGGGCAAAAUGCCCCUUCUUAGUCUUUUGAGUAGCCUAUGUGAAAUGGACACUUGGCACUGUCCAGUUGGACCAUGUCUGUGCACUGACUGGCAUGUCUGUUCUGUAAUUAUUUUGUAUGUGAGUGACGACACCACAAGGACUUCUAUAAGAUUAAAUUCAUCUUAUUCACACUUGACAGACAUAUUCCAAGGACGAAGGUUGAAAGCAAUUAAAUUGUGUGUGUGUUUUUUUAGCAUUGCAUUAUUACUGUCUGUAAACUAAUGAAACUGAGAAUGUUGGACUGGCAGAAAUGUAUGUUGAAUGCACCAAAUACUCCAAUAGCACAAAACGGAAUAUGUUCAGAAUGCAUAAUUAUGUUUCCAAUAAUGACAUUUGAUUGUAUUUAAACAUUUUGUUGUCAGCAUCUUCAAGACAAUAAUAUACUGUAGCAUGAAAAUCAGACAAUGGCAUUUUUAAUCAUUCAUCAAUGUUAAUGCAGCACUUUUGUAUCUCAUCCUAAAUGUUCUUAUUCAGUGUUAUUUGUUUCUCCAUAAGUGCUUGUUUAACCUCUAUGGAAAACAUAAGGCAUUUUAAAGCCCCCUCUACACUUUUGGUUGGGGUUUUCAUUAGGAGUCUUAACAUGAAUGCUCAUAAAAUCAUACGCUUUAGAUAGAAUUUGCAGUUUUAGUUAAAAUAUGUAAAAUAAUCAAAUAUCAAUUUCUUUUAAUGUGCCUCAAGGAUUCAGUGAUACUUCGGGACAAGCAUGAAUUUCAUGAUAGACUUGAUGAUCCUUAAAUGUUAAUAGGAGAUUAUUGCUUUUUCUUUGUAUGUUUGCCGUUAAAUCAAGGAAGGAUUAUGACUUGCAAAGGCCCCGGGGCCAAUUAUCUCCAAGGGUCGGGUUCGUUUUCAUUGUUGAUGGAUCUUCGUUGGGGGAUCGCCAGACUGGAUCACUCAACCUUAAAGCCAAGGGUCCCCCCAGGCAGUCAAGGGCCCCUGCACACUGGCCCUAUUUGCCCAGUCUGUAAUCCGUCCCUGUGUUUAAUACACUGCUAUUUUGGGUUUGGUCAUCACAGCAUCAAAUUGCAUACAAACCUUUACAUUAUUGUCUUCAUUGUUUGUGCUUUAAGGCAUUUUGAAUUCUUAACUAAGUCUGAAUUAAAUGAAGGAAAAAUGGGACUUCUCUCAUGAGCAAAGGAAUGUCUGUUAACAUUGUCUUAAAGGAAUAGUCACCAAAAAUGUAUAUUCUCUCAUCGUUUACUCACCCUCAUGCCAUCCCGGAUGCGUAUCCCUUUCUUUCUUCUGCUGAACACAAAUGAAGAUUUUAGAAGAAUAUCUCUUCUCUGCAGGUUCAUACUAUGUAAGUGAAUGGGUACCAAAACUUUAAAUCUCCGGCAGUUAAAUCCAUAUAUUGAGAAGUGAUAUGAUAGGUGUGGGUGAGAAACAGAUCAAUAUUUAAGUAUUUUUUGACUAUCAAUCACCACAUUCAGAUUCACAUUCCUCUUCUAUUGUUUUUGGCGAUUCACAGUCUUCGUGCAUAUCGCCACCUACUGGGCAGGAAGGUUAAUUUACAGUAAAAAAAGGACUUCAGUAUUGAUCUGUUUCUCACCCACACCUAUCAUAUCACUUCUGAAGAUAUAGAUUGAACCACUGAAGUCUUAUGGAUUACUUUAAUGCUGUAGUUAUAUGCUUUUUGGAGCUUCCAAGAUUUGGUACCCAUUCACUUUAAAUGUAUGGACCUACAGAGCUGAGAUAUUCUUCUAAAAAUCUUUGUUUGUGUUCAACAGAAAAACAACAUCAUGUACAUCUUGGAUGGCAUGAGGGUGAGUAAAUGAUGUGAGAAAUUUCAUUUUUGGGUGAACUAUCCCUUUAAGGAGUGUCCUUUCUCUGCUCUCAUUUAUUUAUUUACAUAAGUAUUACUUAACCCUGAUCAGAUUACAAAACCUGAUGUGUAUUAAAGCACGACAAUAUUGUUGCUUUUUAAGGUUAUUAAACAUCUGUACAUUUUGAGUUGUUUUAUUAGUGUGUUUGAAAUUGCUUCCAUGCAUUACCAAUAUGUCUGUUGGUCUUUUAAAUUAACAAAAUAAUUUAUGAGGAUAGGCCUACUUAACAUAUUUACUGAGGUUUGUCAUUAAAUUAUUUUAUGUGAUUUUACA